AUGGAUACAACCGGUCAAUUGAAUGAAUAUACUGAAAGAAAAGAAAUGCCUGGUGAUAUUAUAUGUAUGGCUUUAGGUUCAGUACCAGAUGGUGAACAACGAUCACGUUUUCUUGCUGUUGGCCUUUCCGAUAGUACUGUUCGAAUUAUAUCACUUGAUCCUCAAGAUUGUUUAAGUCGAUUAAGUAUGCAAGCAUUACCAGCUCCAGCUGAAUCAUUAUGUAUAGUUGAAAUGAAAACAACUGAAGGUGGUGUUGUAGUUGAUACAACAAGUGGACGUGAACAACAAGUUGGACCAAGUACAACUGCAUUUUUAAAUAUUGGCUUACAGAAUGGUGUACUUCUAAGAAGUGUUUUGGAUUCAGUUACAGGUGAUAUGUCCGAUACUCGUACAAGAUAUAUUGGUUCAAAACCAGUGAAAUUAUUUCGAAUUUUAAUGCAAGGAAAUGAAGCUGUUUUAGCUAUGUCAAGUCGUACAUGGCUUAGUUAUACAUAUCAAGGUCGUUUUCAUUUAACACCUUUAUCUUAUGAAUCUCUUGAACAUGCAUCUGGUUUUGCAUCAGAACAAUGUCCUGAAGGUAUUGUUGCUAUAGCUGGUAAUACUCUUCGAAUUUUAACAUUAGAAAAACUUGGUGCUAUAUUCAAUCAAGAAAUUCGUAAACUUAAAUUAACACCACGUCGUUUUAUCAUAUAUCCAGAAAUGAAUUGGCUUUAUUUAAUUGAAUCCGAUCAUUUAUCUUAUACAGAAAUAAGUAAACAACAAAAACGUGAACAAAUAGGUAAAGAUAUGGUUGAUGCAGCUGAUGAUGAAGAUAAAGAAGCAACUAGAGAAGUAGCUAAUGCAAUGUUAGCAGAAAAAAUUCCUGAAGAAGCAUUUGGUGCAGCAAAAGCAGCAAAUGGUAUGUGGGCAGCACAAUUACGUGUUAUGGAUCCAAUUAGUGGUGAAACAAAAUUUAUUUAUGAAUUUGAACAAAAUGAAUCAGCUGUUUGUUUAAGUUUAAUGCGUUUUGAUACUCGUCCUGCUGAUACAUUCUUAUUAGUUGGUGUUGCACGAGAUCUUGUUCUUUCACCACGUUCACAUCUUGGUGGAAUGAUUUAUUGUUUUCUUGUAUUAGAUAAUGGUGAAAGACUACAUUUUAUUCAUAGAACGGUAGUUGAUGAAGUUCCAACGGCAAUUUAUCCAUUUCUUGGACGAGCUUUAAUUGGUGUUGGAUCAAGUUUACGUAUUUAUGAAAUUGGAAAGAAGAAAUUACUUAAAAAAUGUGAAAAUAAAAAUAUUCCUAAUCAAAUUGUUACAAUACAAGCAUUGGGUAAUCGGAUAUUCGUAACUGAUGUUCAAGAAAGUAUACAUAUUCUUCGUUAUAAACAAAUGGAAAAUCAAUUGGUUACAUUUGCUGAUGAUACAUGUCCACGUUUUACUGUUGCUUGCUGUUUAUUAGAUUAUAGUACUGUAUGUUUAACCGAUAAAUUUGGUAAUAUUGCUAUUUUACGUAUUCCUGUGGAUGCUAAUGAUGAUAUUGAAAUUGAUCCAACUGGAAGUAAAGGUUUAUGGGAUCGUGGUUUAUUGAAUGGCGCAUCCAAUAAAUGUGAAUUACUUGCUCAUUUUCAUGUGGGAGAAAUGGUUACAUCCGUUCAACGUGCUAUGUUAAUUUCAGGUGGAUCUGAAUCUCUUGUUUAUACGACGUUAUCAGGUUCAAUAGGUGUACUUAUACCAUUUGCAUCAAAUGAGGAUUAUGACUUUUUUCAACAUCUGGAAAUGCAUAUGCGAGCUGAACAUCAAACAUUACUUGGCAGAGAUCAUUUGGCUUUUCGAUCGUAUUAUUAUCCAGUUAAGAAUGUUCUUGAUGGUGAUCUUUGUGAACAAUACAAUCAUCUUGAUAUAGCCAAACAAAAAAUGAUUGCCGAAGGUCUUGAUAGAACAGCUAGUGAAGUUGCCAAAAAACUUGAAGAUAUUCGAACACGCUUUGCUUUCUAG